GAUCGCGGUGACCCUAAACCCGCAUCUCUGUUCGAGCUGUGGUUCUUUCUGAAGGAGGAAACCUCUCUCUCUUGACAGGAGUGAAACCAUGGCUGAUGAGAAACGCAGGAAGACGUUUCAGCAAGAGGUCACCUGCCCUGUCUGCCUCUGCUACUAUACCAGCCCCGUGGUGCUAGACUGCGGGCAUUGCUUCUGCCGUAUGUGCAUUGUGAGGUGCUGGGAGGAGCCGAGCGCGAAUUCGAGGUGCCCCGAGUGCAGAAGCACCGUUGCGAGGAACUUGAAGGCAAGCAGAAACAUCUCUAACUUUGUUAAGAUGCUGAAGGACUGGGAUGUUUCCGCGGAGAGAGAGGCUCGGAAAAGGAGGUCGGAAUGCCAGAGGCAUCGGCAGCCCUUGGAUCUGUUCUGCGAGGACGACCGCAUCCCCUUCUGCGGAGAUUGUGCCGCACCCCAAGAGCACAGGGGCCACAGAGUGGUCUCCGCAGAAGAAGCCGUCCAGGUAUACAAGGGACAGAUCAGCAGCUGCUUGGUGGCUUUGAAGGAGGAGAGAGAAACACUUCUGGUCUAUAAAACAGAAACAGAAACAGAAAGGCAACAUCUGCUUGUCAGUAUUGCUAGGAUUGGGAAAUGA